AUGGGUGACCUCUUGCAGCAGGUCGACUCCAUGGGCAGGGGCGACUCUCACAAGGUUUCUGAUUUCGGCGGAGGCGACUCAAUGUCAUGUAUACUUGUUUUUGUUAUUGUUUUGAGUUGUGUAUGUGUAGUUGUAUUCGAAUUCUUUUUAAACUGGCUGCGAUAUUGUUCGUUAUUUUUUCAAGCACGCAGCAGUCCGCUAAGUAAAGGGCACACGACUGCCAACAUCAUCGACACCAUCAUGGAAGAAAUAUCGAAUCAAAAUAAAGUAAUGGAACAACAAAACAACGAGUUGCGUGGUUGAACUUGAAGAUCCGACAAAGAAGUGCACCUGCAACUGCAGGCGGUCAGCGCUUCUGGUGUUACCUACAUUGAUACACCAAGCACAAACUCGAACACUAUAUACUAUAACUAUCCCCUACUACUACACAGCACACUCCCCUGGCGGCGGAAGCGGUUACGGUCCGAGCUUUCACAAUUCAGACGUCGACCGCAGCGACGAUGGAGCACCGGCCGCGGCAGCCCGCAGAGGCACGGCAGCCCCUCCGGGUGCAGCCGCCGAGGGCGAUGACGACCAGCCUCCGGAUGGCCAGCCUCGGGCGAAACGGCAGCGCAAGGCCGCCGAAAACAUAAAUAAGGAGCAUUUCAAAGCGAGGUUUCAUACAUUCAAGCACGCUGAGAACUUGGAUUGUCCACAGGCAGAGCCCAUGUUUUGCGCGCUGCAAUACAGCAAUCACAUCCUCGCGACGCCGGUUUGCAGGUCCAAAAUGGAGUACCUCCUGGCACGCACAGCAAGCAGCACCGUCAACGAGCUGAGUUUGAAGGAAAACCAUCGUACUGAAAUUGUUUCUAGCCGACCAAUGGGCCACGCACCAUACAUUCAGCCUUCAUCUAAUAUGUGAAGAUAGAGAUACUGCAUCAUGGUUGUCGAAACAAAUUUUAUUGAAGAACCACUUCCUACAACAUCGUCGAAACUGGAAAGAACAUCGAAUGAAUCAAUUAAACAGUGACAAAAGUGGACCCGUUUUCUACGAGUUUGUUGUUUGAGGCGAGCAAAAUUGGCGCCUUCUCGCAGCGGAAAUGGCAUUGGGACAUGAAUCCGUUGCCCGCGAGUCACCCGCUGGGGCACAGCAAGCGAUACACCAAGCAGCAGCAACAGCAGCGCCUGGUAAACAAGCAGCAAGAAACCGAGGCCCUGUUCUUGCGGCGACCAAUCCUCGUCCAGAACGACAUAUUCUCCAAGGGUGACGAUAUCAUCGUCGGCCACGAAGGUAAUGCGCUGCUAUAGCAUAAUUUUUUGUGUAUUAGAAACUACAAACUACAAAAUUAUAGUCAAAUAUUUAUAAUAUGCAGAAGAAUUUUGGAUGUCUUUUGGAUAUGCUUUUCUCUUGCAUUUUUUUCAGUCGACAUUGAUUGACAUUCAUAUGCCUGAGUCGAAGCCUUUAUGCGUGACAAGUCGUUUCUCUGGUUGAUGCCUGAAAAUAGGAUAUCAGAAAAAGAAUAGAGCUCUAUGUUUGUAGAUGCUCAAUCGUUUUUGUGCCGGUGCGAGGUUUUGAAGCAGUGAGACCACUUACGCUGCACCGUGAAAUGGACGGUGUUGUAGAUUGAUAGUUUUGUCUUGUCAAAUAGCGCCGAGUGGAGAUUUACUUCUCUUCUCUUUGUGCAAGAUAGAAGUAUAUGUUUUGUCACGACCACAUUUUCGUUGUUCAUGAUCACACGACAGCCGCGGAGAAGAACUUGCCACGUAAGCCGGUGGAGGAAACGACGCCGGAGGAGCUCUUGGAGCGCAUCAAGAGCACGUUCGCCGCCGUGAAGAGGCCCGCCGUGCACCCCACGGACCCCAGCAUUCAGGUGAAAGCCGAGUAUCCCAUCGUCCCCCACGAGACGAAUUGGGUCCAGGAUUUCCGGCAAGUCACCUUCGACGAGGACGUCGACAUCAAGGAGCUUGAGGAAGAAAAUCCCUCGGUCUUCUGGGGCGAACAGAAGUUGGCCAAGAGCUUCUUUGGCCUCUUACAACCGGACGACAGGGGAGAGCAUAAGCUGGACCGAUCGUACAGAUAAAGAACUUUUCGAUUACUUGUUUAUUCUUUCUUAAGUAAGUUUAUUCCGUGUGCCGCCAUGUUUGUAUGCAUCGAAAACUAGUAAAUAAUCUACUAGCGAGUAACGACGACGACGCACACGUAGUGGUAGUGCAAGUUGUGGAUUUUCAUACAGAUGAUUGCGCUAGUACUCCGACGAAAAGGGUAACAAGCUAAGAGUCCCUUUCUUUGCUCAGUUAAUCACUUGUACGAGAAAUGAGACGAAGGCUGUGCUGCUGGAGGCUUGCUGUGUCAUCUUCGAACGAAGUAAACUCGUGACCACCACUGAACUCAGGUACAUGUGGGUCAAUAAGGGCCAAUGGGAAGCCACCAGAGAAGACGACAAGGCCGUCCUGUGGGUGUUUCCCCCAAAAAAGAGCAAGAUGCCCGUGAAGUUUCUCCCUAUCGCAAACAAGAUGAUCAUGAAGAAGAUGCUGGCGCAGCUGCAAACCGGGCAGAGUUCCGCGCACACCGGAUUUGGUACUUCUAUUAUGCAUUCCCUCCAGCGCUAAGUUUGUCAUAGUUUAGUUAGUUCGCGAUAUCUGACCGUAUGCGUAGCUUCGUUUUCUUCAAUUUUUGGUUCCAAAGUAUGGAGGAAAGAAAUACUUUUCACUGCAAUGAAUGCGACGUAAACUUAAAUAUACACAUAAACAGGUGUUGGGCGCAAGCGCAUCCAAUGGCGAGAUCGCAAUGUAGCUGAGACGCGAAGAGAUCACAAAAAACUUGCGGAGCUGAUGCCUGAAAGCGAGGACGAAAAGUGAUGUCGCGGCAGAGGACGUGUAAACGUUCAGUCUGUCCAAAUAGUAGGGGCAUGACUUCACCUGUUGCGGUCUUGCUGCCCGACCGCGGCUUGGUGGUUGCUAGAAGUUGUGGCACAGCACAGAAGAACGGCUUUACGAGGAGCGUGUGACGUUCUAUGCUACUUUUUGUUCUUUCACAAUUACAAUAUUGUUCUUUAACGGCGUCGGCGCGGGCUGUACUUCGCUGCACGCCGUGCAGUUCGAGUUCCGCGAGACGAAGAUGCAGCAUCAGCCGCAGCUCGAUGGAAAAACCUCCGCAACUGCAGCUGCCCCUACAGUUCAUUGAUCACUUUUUCAAGACGCGUUCCAGCGUCGCUCUCGUAGCGUCAUCGCAAUGAAAUACCCUGAAAUUCUGAUGGGAAUUUCAAUGCCCUGACGACAGGAUGACAUCACUACGCAUAUAAGAAUGUCCUGCUUAUUAAGCAAGGAUAAAGAGAUGAAAACCGCAUCAACUCAUCGCAGAAGAAAUAAAAAUUGCGCGGCGCUUGUCAGCGGAAGAACAUACUGUUCUGCUCGUCACAGAAAAUGCAAGCCAUUGUUCGCU